AUGCUGUGCAAUGGGCUGCCAGUGGGUGCUCAAUGGAAUUAUGAGCUCAAGGCUUUUUGGAGCUUAUACCAAACAGUGGACCCAAACCAUGAGAUCUACAAAACUCCAGAACGAUUGGCAUGGACCCUACCCUUCAUGUACCAUGGAGAUGAAGGCAGAGGUCGUUUGCAUCGAGCAAUCCUUGUCUGCUCCUAUCAGCCGCUUCUGUUUUCCAAAGGCCAUAGCUUCAAGUCUCGUUUGUUGGCCUCUGUAUUUCCGGGUGAACGUUAUGCAUGUCUGGACGGUGACGAGACCCUCGAAGCAUUGCACAAUGCGGUGGCAAACGACAUGCGAGACCUUUUCGAGAAUGGUGUGGAGGUGACAUUUCCGGAUGGCUCUUUGCACCAAAUCUACGUGGCAUUUUGUGGUGUGAAAGGAGAUUGGCCUUGGCAGCGAGACUGUUUUGCAUUAUACAAUGAUCAGGCUUUUGAACUUUUGUGGAACAUGCAGCCAAAGCUCAACUUUCUUGGUGGUCUGUGUGUCAUCUUGCACAGUGAACAUGCAUGGCAUACCUGA